AUGCUUGAAAACAGAGAGAGUAAGCAGCCAGCCAUGAAUGCCUUCCAGGAAAAUGAGUCCAAGGUAACUGUUUUUUUACCUGUCUCCACUGAAGAGGUACCACUUCCACCCUCCAGCUUUCCAAAGAAGCCAUCUCUGAAAAUCUGUGGCUCGACCUAUCCACUGAGUGUUGUCUUCAUUGUGGUGAAUGAAUUCUGUGAGCGCUUUUCCUUUUUUGGCAUGAAAGCUGUGCUGACCCUGUAUUUCCUGUAUUUCCUGCACUGGAGCGAAGACACUUCCACAUCUGUAUACCAUGCCUUCAGCAGCCUCUGUUAUUUCACUCCCAUCCUGGGAGCAGCCAUGGCUGACUCAUGGUUGGGAAAAUUCAAGACAAUCAUCUAUCUCUCCAUGGUGUAUGUGCUUGGCCAUGCAAUCAAGUCCAUGGGUGCCUUACCAGUCCUGGGAGGAACCAUGUCACACACAGUCCUAUCAGUGGUCGGCCUGAGUCUAAUAGCUUUGGGGACAGGAGGUAUCAAACCCUGUGUGGCAGCUUUUGGUGGAGACCAGUUUGAAGAAAAACAUGCAGAGGAACGGACUAGAUACUUCUCAGUCUUCUACCUCUCCAUCAAUGCAGGGGGCUUGAUUUCUACAUUUGUCACACCCAUGCUGAGAGGAGAUGUGCAGUGUUUUGGGAAAGAUUGCUAUGCACUGGCUUUUGGAGUUCCAGGAUUGCUUAUGGUGAUAGCUCUUGUUGUGUUUGCAAUGGGAAGCAAAAUAUACAGAAAACCACCUCCUGAAGGAAACAUAGUGCCUCAAGUGGUCAAAUGUAUCUGGUUUGCCAUUUACAACUGUUUCAAGAAUCGUUCUGCGGACAUUCCAAAGCGAGAGCACUGGCUGGACUGGGCAGCUGAGAAAUACCCAAAGCAGCUCAUCAUGGAUGUGAAGGCACUGACCAGGGUACUAUUCCUUUAUAUCCCGUUACCCAUGUUCUGGGCUCUUUUGGAUCAGCAGGGCUCACGAUGGACCUUGCAAGCCACCAGGAUGAAUGGGAAUUUGGGGUUUUUUGUGCUUCAGCCUGACCAGAUGCAGGUGCUAAAUCCCUUUUUGGUUCUUAUCUUCAUCCCGCUGUUCGAUCUUGUCUUUUAUCCUCUGGUCUCCAGGUGUGGCGUUAACUUCACAUCACUUAGGAAAAUGGCUGUUGGUAUGAUCCUAGCGUGCCUGGCCUUUGCAGUUGCUGCUGCUGUAGAGAUAAAAAUUAAUGAAAUGGCCCCACCCCAGCCAGCUUCCCAAGAGAUUUCCCUGCAGGUCUUAAAUCUGGCAGAUGAUGAGGUGAAGGUAACAGUGCUGGGAGAUGGAAACAAUUCUCUGUUGGCAGAGUCCAUCAGAUCUUUUCAGAAAAUGCCACACUAUUCCAAACUCCACCUGAAGACCAAAAGCCAGAAUUUCCACUUCCAACUGAAAUAUCACAAUUUGUCUGUCUACACUGAGCAUUCUGUGGAGGAGAAAAACUGGUACACUCUGAUCAUUCGAGAAGAUGGGAAAAGUAUUUCUAGUGUGAUGGUGAAGGAUGAAGAAAACAAAACAACCAGUGGGAUGACAGCCAUGAGGUUUGUUAACACUUUGCAUGAAGAGGUCAACGUCUCCUUGGGUACAGAGACCUCCCUCAUUGUUGAUGAAGACUAUGGUGUGUCUGCUUACAGAACUGUGCAAAGAGGAGAAUAUCCUGCGGUGCAUUAUAGAACAAAAAAUGAGGACUUUUCACUGAAUUUGGGCCUAUUAGACUUUGGUGCAUUGUAUCUAUUUGUUAUUACUAAUACCACCAAUCAGGGUCCUCAGGCCUGGAAGAUGGAAUACAUCUCAGCCAACAAAAUGUCCAUCGCAUGGCAGCUACCACAAUAUGCCCUUGUUACAGCUGGGGAGGUCAUGUUCUCUGUCACAGGACUUGAAUUUUCUUAUUCUCAGGCUCCCACUAGCAUGAAGUCCGUACUCCAGGCAGCCUGGCUGUUGACAAUUGCAGUUGGGAACAUCAUUGUGCUUAUUGUGGCGCAGUUCAGCAGCCUGGUACAGUGGGCUGAAUUCAUUUUGUUUUCCUGCCUCCUGCUGGCGGUCUGCCUGAUCUUCUCCAUCAUGGGCUACUACUAUGUUCCUAUAAAGCCAGAGGCUAUUCAGGGGUCAGCAGAUAAGCAGACUCCGCAAAUCCAAGGAAACAUGAUCAACCUGGAGACCAAGAAGACAAAGCUCUAAUGGCUCCCUGGACUCUGCCCAGACCCCGGUUCCUGACUCUGGUCUUGGCCAUCACCACCUUCAAGCAUUUUUCACUCCGACUUGGUUAGAAGAGAGAAGUAGCAUCAUAUCUGAGAUGAUCUCCUCUAUUUUCCUCCCAUGCUAGAGGCAUUUCUAGGACUGGGUUUCUCAGUACAUUAAAGCAAGGCCCCCGAGACUCUAUGUCUUCCCAUCUGUCAGUGAACUCGCUACACCUUGUGUAGUGUUGCUAAAGCUGGCCUGCUAUCUCCAAAUGGCCAUGAAAAACACAAAUGUAUAAUUGAGAUUAGUGUCUGUGGUUAUCAAAGUUAUGUAGGAAUUCUUUCACCUGCCAUUUAGAACUGAUGACCCCACUUUUGGAAGUGCUG